UAUGUAGGAGACCCGUUUGAGGUGUUGGAAAAUGUGAAGUAUGCGCUGGGAAAAGUUGUCUAUCAGAGUGACUAGGCGUGGUCUUAUUUUGAUUAAUUAUAUUGCUGAAGAAAAUAGGAAUAUUGCAGUGGGCAUCACAAGAAUCCGAAAAACAGAAGUAUUGUGCUUUGAACUUCGGAGCAGAGCACCCAUCAAAGGAGUCAUUUCAGGAGUAACGACGGAUGUUCAGGUUGAAUACCUGAAGAGGAUUCUUGUUGUGGUUGGUGCCCGGUGUCUGACCCGCUGGGUGAAUGGCGACAAAUAAGUCUGUCUGCCCUGUUUUUUACAUUUUUAUUAUAAAGAGCACCUACCUACGCAAAUAUUGGUUAUGUAUGAUACGCUGGUGUAUAGAAGGGCGAUCGGUGUUGCAAUUGUGGUGGGGAUUAUGUUCCUGGUGUGCCUUGUAAGGGUGAAGGAGAUUGUUAGAGCGUUCAAUCGAAUGCCGAUGGAAUUGAAAGAGUUGAGAAUACAAGCGACGUUAGUGAAGAUAUUGUAGUGGAUGUAGUAGAGCCUGUAGUAAAUGUUUUCUGACAGGCCUAGAUUAUGUGGCGUUCAUUGGCACAAUUAUAAAAUGUACGGCUCCAGUCUCAAAGAAGUCAAACAACUGGACAUCCUUGUGGCUGCGGCAGAAACGUUUUUGGGACUAUUUAAGACUUGGAAGUGGUAGGCUACUGGCGACGGAAGACGGCCCGCCCUCCCAUCUCAGAUCCGUUUUUAUUUUUAACAGAAAGUUGUAUGAUCUGUAUAUAUAUAUCUUUUUUUUUUGUAGUUCAGUUUUUGGGUAAAACUGUUUCCAUCCCGAAUAGUAAAAUGUGCAAACGUCAAUAUAACGUUACCAUAGAAGUCUGUGUGUAACACGAUCUAGCCAGCCAACUUUGUGUUUCCAGGCUGACACAGGAUCCUAUGGAAGAGAUGUCAGGAGUAAGUGCGGUGAGCUCGGCGUUGCCUGCGGCUACAACCCGUACCACCUCAUUCAAAGGCUCCUGCCCCAGCUCGAAGUAUGUGAAGCUGAACGUGGGCGGGGCGCUCUACUACACCACCAUGCAGACCCUCACCAAGCAGGACACCAUGCUCAAGGCCAUGUUCAGCGGUAGGAUGGAGGUCCUCACAGACAGCGAAGGCUGGAUCCUUAUUGACAGGUGUGGGAAGCACUUUGGGACCAUUCUGAACUACCUGCGUGACGGUGCUGUACCUCUGCCUGAGAUCCGGAGAGAGGUGGAAGAGCUCCUGGCAGAGGCCAAGUAUUACCUGGUGCAGGGGUUAGCUGACGAGUGUCAUGCUGCCUUACAGAACAAAGAUAUGUAUGAGCCUUUCUGUAAAGUGCCCUUGGUCACAUCAUCAAAGGAAGAACAGAGACUCAUAUCUACCUCCAACAAGCCCACAGUCAAGCUGUUAUACAACAGGAGCAACAACAAGUACUCUUACACCAGCAACUCCGAUGACAACAUGCUGAAAAACAUAGAGCUGUUUGACAAGCUCUCUCUGCGGUUCAACGGCCGUGUGCUCUUCAUCAAGGACGUGAUCGGGGAUGAGAUCUGCUGCUGGUCAUUCUAUGGGCAGGGCCGUAAGAUCGCUGAGGUGUGCUGUACCUCCAUAGUCUACGCCACAGAGAAGAAGCAAACAAAGGUGGAGUUCGCAGAGGCUCGUAUCUAUGAGGAGACACUUAACAUCCUGCUGUAUGAGUCUCAGGAUGGGCGUGGUCCAGACAACGCUCUACUGGAGGCUACAGGGGGUGCUGCAGGCCGAUCCCAUCACCUGGAUGAGGACGAGGAACGGGAACUCAUCGAGAGGGUGCGACGCAUUCACAUCAAACGCCCUGAUGACCGCACCCACCACCACCAGUAACUAUACCAGCCAACCAACAUUAUCACCACCAGUAACUAUACCAGACAACCAACCAUACCAGCCAACCAACAUUAUCACCACCAGUAACUAUACCAGACAACCAACUAUACCAGCCAACCAACAUUAUCACCACCAGUAACUAUACCAGACAACCAACUAUACCAGCCAACCAACAUUAUCACCACCAGUAACUAUACCAGCCAACCAACAUUAUCACCACCAGUAACUAUAUCAGACAACCAACUAUACCAGCCAACCAACAUUAUCACCACCAGUAACUAUACCAGACAACCAACUAUACCAGCCAACCAACAUUAUCACCACCAGUAACUAUACCAGCCAACCAACAUUAUCACCACCAGUAACUAUACCAGCCAACCAACUAUACCAGCCAACCAACAUUAUCACCACCAGUAACUAUACCAGCCAACCAACUAUACCAGCCAACCAACAUUAUCACCAGCAGUAACUAUACCAGCCAACCAACUAUACCAGCCAACCAACAUUAUUACCACCAGUAACUAUACCAGCCAACCAACAUUAUCACCACCAGUAACUAUACCAGACAACCAACUAUACCAGCCAACCAACAUUAUCACCACCAGUAACUAUACCAGACAACCAGCAUUAUCACCACCAGUAACUAUACCAGACAACCAACUAUACCAGCCAACCAACAUUAUCACCACCAGUAACUAUACCAGACAACCAACUAUACCAGCCAACCAACAUUAUCACCACCAGUAACUAUACCAGACCACCAACUAUACCAGCCAACCAACAUUAUCACCACCAGUAACUAUACCAGCCAACCAACUAUACCAGCCAACCAACAUUAUCACCACCAGUAACUAUACCAGCCAACCAACAUUAUCACCACCAGUAACUAUACCAGACAACCAGCAUUAUCACCACCAGUAACUAUACCAGCCAACCAACAUUAUCACCACCAGUAACUAUACCAGCCAACCAACAUUAUCACCACCAGUAACUAUACCAGACAACCAACUAUACCAGCCAACCAACAUUAUCACCACCAGUAACUAUACCAGCCAACCAACAUUAUCACCACCAGUAACUAUACCAGACAACCAACUAUACCAGCCAACCAACAUUAUCACCACCAGUAACUAUACCAGACAACCAACUAUACCAGCCAACCAACAUUAUCACCACCAGUAACUAUACCAGCCAACCAACUAUACCAGCCAACCAACAUUAUCACCAGCAGUAACUAUACCAGCCAACCAACUAUACCAGCCAACCAACAUUAUUACCACCAGUAACUAUACCAGCCAACCAACAUUAUCACCACCAGUAACUAUACCAGACAACCAACUAUACCAGCCAACCAACAUUAUCACCACCAGUAACUAUACCAGACAACCAGCAUUAUCACCACCAGUAACUAUACCAGACAACCAACUAUACCAGCCAACCAACAUUAUCACCACCAGUAACUAUACCAGACAACCAACUAUACCAGCCAACCAACAUUAUCACCACCAGUAACUAUACCAGACCACCAACUAUACCAGCCAACCAACAUUAUCACCACCAGUAACUAUACCAGCCAACCAACUAUACCAGCCAACCAACAUUAUCACCACCAGUAACUAUACCAGCCAACCAACAUUAUCACCACCAGUAACUAUACCAGUGUUGGGUUUCGUUUCUUACGUCUUUCCUUGUCAAUCAUUGGUUCAUUGGUGAAAUUAGCAUUAUGAUAAUAUUUUCAAUUAAAUCAUUCAAAAACCUUUAUUAAUGCAAUUGCAGACAGAAGUUGACAAACGGGAACAUAGCACGCAUGUUUCUGAGUAAGUUCUGCAUCAAACAAAAGGUCUAAAGUUGUUUUAUUAAAUUGAAGUCCCGCCUUAGUAAUGUCACUGACUACGUCAUUACCUUUUUACUCCUGAGACCAAAACCCUAUAUAAACAAUGGCUUUGUGGUAUCUUAAACUUAGCAGUAAAUGUCCACUCCCCAAAGCUGAUUUAUUGUGGAAUGUUUAACUAGUCUCUUAUGUCCCACACUCCCCUGCAGAGUUCUGUCUCAGUCACACACAGACAGACAAAGAAAACAACCGUGGAACAAUUCUAAACUUUAUAAUGAAUAUAUAUAUAUAUAUUGUUAAUCUAUAGUCUAGGACCCUAUAAAUGUAAAGAGGGAGGGGUCUUAUAACCCCUCCCCUUCUAUUAAUAUAACAUAAGCAUAAACAAUUAUUCUAAUACAUCAAACAUGUGUACAGCCCCAAAUCAUGACCGCUAGGUGAAUCCUGACACCAACCAACUAACAUUAUUACCACCAGUAACUAUACCAGCCAACCAACAUUAUCACCACCAGUAAGCCAACCAACAUUAUCAGCACCAGUAACUAUACCAGCCAACCAACAUUAUCAACACCAGUAAGCCAACCAACAUUAUCACCACCAGUAACUAUACCAGCCAACCAACAUUGUCAGUAUCCGCAGUGACUAUUACCCAUCACUGACAGAGAACAAGUGCAAUCACACAAUACCCACAAGUAACCUCACAUUGUUGACAUUGACCACAAGUGACCUCUGUGCUUCUGCAUUACAGCCACUUAUAAACUUUUGCCAGUCUCUAAUCAUGAUUAUAAACUGGGUGGUUCGAGCCCUGAAUGCUGAUUGGCUGACAGCCAUGGUAUAUCAGACGUAUACCACGAGUAUGACACAACAUUUAUUUUAACUACUCUAAUUACGUUGGCAGCCAGUUUAUAAUGGCAAUAAGGCACCUCAGAGGUUUGUGGUAUAUGGCCAUACACCACACCCCCUCAUGCCUUAUUGCUUAAGUAGAGCAUGGUUUGGGUGUUACAGUUUGUGUGUUGUCCCAAAUGGCUGUAUCAGUAUUUUCUAAACCCUCCAUAAGAGCUGUUAUUUUUAUCAGUGGUCAAAGAAGACUUAUUUGACCCCCUGUAUUUCCAUAUGUUUUGUAUGUCUCAUCUUUGUAUGAAUGUUGACAUGUUACGUGUCCAGUAGGAGAUCUGGUGCCUUAAAUCUGUGGUCUUGUGCCUUAAGUCUGUGGGUGUAAGUGCAGCUUACAAUCUGAUUUACUUUAUAGUGGCACUACAACAUUGCUUGGAAGUUCAUGUAUUGUCACAGAGUAGCUAGUUCAGGUCAAUUGUGUUUCAGUGAUUAUAGUAAUACACUGUGUAACAAUACCUUUUCCUACCACUUCAGUUUUUAGAGAUGUUUUCUGAGAGAAAAAAGAAACCUGUACGCUGCUCUUGCUAUUGUGACUGUUCUUUAUUAAGGUUUAUGUAUUGUCCGCAAGGCCCUUUGUCAGAGCUUUUGUGAGUGUUUUUUAAUUUGCACCCUUAUGUAGACAUUGCUCCACCCACAGCCGUUCAAUGCAUCGAAUGGGGUUGGAGUCAAGGACAAAUAUAUUAAUUAUCUUGAAUUGGUGAUAUAUGCAAACUGUAUCUAGAUGCGAAAGAAACUUACCUAUUUAGACGAGGUGCUGGCUAGCGGAGUAGAACAUUGUCUGUCCAAACGUUGGAUAUUAGGUUAUUAAAUUAUUGAAUCUGAGCUCCUAGAGUGUACGAAUCCUUUUAAUUUUUCAAAUAUGCAAACUGCAUUUUAUCACGUUUUAGAAAUUUGGUGCUUCUAUUUUCUGUAUGUACUCAUUUCAUCCAGCAGAGGGUGAUGUGUACAAAGACACUGAACGUGUGCUAAGUUGUUGAAGUUACCCCUAGAUGCUGAUCUUGGGUCAGUUUUCUAUUUCCCCCACUAAUGGAUAAGGUUUGGGAGCUGACCCUAGAUAUUUGCCUAGAGGAACUUUACCCCAGAGCAAUAUGUUACAAUCCACCCCUGAAUUGUAAGUGUUGUGAAUACAUCCACCUUUUAUACUGUAGUCAUGGAUUAAUGAUUUUUUGGUAUCCUAAAGAACCUUUGAGAUGCUGGAUGUGUAAUUAAAUGGAUGUUAUUGCUUCCUGUUACAAUAAUUCUUUGAGGGCGACGUUACAAGACAACUUGUUUGGAAGACCGAUGGCAAGAAAUGAAACCAAGCACAUCCAGACAGCAAAUAAUGUCACAAUUUUACACACUUACCUGGGAAAUGAUUGUCUUUUGCACUGUAUUUAACACAUUUCUUACAAUAAAGAUUUUUAUGAA